AUGCAGUCGCAACACCGCCGACACGACAUCAACCGAAUUCCACCACCACUUCAAACCAACAAUAUAGUUGAGUCUUCAUCCCCUACCAGACCAGCAACAAUAACUCGACCAAAAUCAUCCCCCGCAUGUGCUGAUGUCAUGGCCUCAACAGGGGUUGUUUGGCUCCUUUCCUCAACAACUAUAAUAGCAAGUGGGGUUCUCUCAUCAGCCAAGACUUGGGAAAACCCAAAAUUUGCUUCAUCUCCUUCCGUGUUGGAAUCAAGAACCACGCCCCUUUCCUUGUACUCAAUUUCUCCUUUAAAGAAGCCUUACAAAGUUGGAUUAUACCCAACUUCUCCAAUCAUUCUCUCUGUUCUUUUCUUGAUUUUGACAGAAAGCAAUCAGAGUGCAGAUAUGGCUAAAUGCUCGUUCAAGCUCGAACACCCAUUGGAGAAGAGGAAAUCUGAAUCCUCUCGCAUCAGAGAGAAGUAUCCUGAUAGAGUUCCAGUGAUUGUUGAGAAAGCUGAAAAAUCGGACAUUCCUGACAUAGACAAAAAGAAAUAUCUAGUGCCAGCUGAUUUGACCAUUGGUCAAUUUGUGUAUGUUGUUCGUAAAAGGAUCAAACUUAGCUCUGAAAAAGCUAUUUUUGUUUUUGUCAAGAACAUGCUCCCACCAACUGCUGCUUUGAUGUCUGCAAUUUAUGAGGAAAACAAGGAUGAAGAUGGAUUCCUCUACAUGAGUUACAGUGGUGAAAACACAUUUGGAUCUUUUGAAAUGUGAUAAUUGUCGAUGUGAUAUGAAAAAAUUGUAAAUUCCUAAUCUGUAAAUGCAAGUAUAUGUUGGUUUCAAUUCGAAUACAUGGUUAUAAUGUGACAGAUUCAAUCAUUUUAUACUCUGAUUCUUGUGCUUUUUUUACAUAUUGUUGAUAUGAUAAAAUGAAAGUGUGUUAUGAAUGAAGGAUAAGCUUCUUUUCUAAAGUACAAAC